AUGAUCGCUGAUUUGGAAGACACAAGCGGAUAUCUCGACAACAUCAUCGUUGCAAGUGACAUUUUGGACGGCCACAUUUCGGAAAUCGAGUGGUUGCUAGGUCGCAUCAAAGAAAACCACUACAAUCCCAAACUGGAGAUGAUUGUAGCAGCUGACGCGUCACAGUACGGAAUUGGUGCUGUUCUACUGCACCGUUUUCCCGAUGGUUCCAUCAAGGCAGUUAGUCACGCUUCUCGAACACUCAAAAGCGCUGAGAAAUACUACUCCCAAGGCGAAAAGGAAGGAUCGGCCCUUAUUUUUGCGCCUGAAGACUACGUGAUCGCUAGCAUGCAACUUGAAGCCGACAUACGCAGUAAAAAAGCUGGGUCACCCAGUUGUGCCAUAGCAGCAAAAGCUCUCGUGAAAUCAACGCUCUCUUCCUGGCCAAUUCCAACGGAACCGUGGACUCGUCUACAUUUGAAUUACGCUGGUCCUCUCCGAGAUAUUUUAGCAACCAACAACACAACCCCCUCAACAACGGAAGUUCGUGAAUGUAUUUCCCGUUUCGGAUGUCCACAUUCUAUCGUCACUGGCAACGGUACCCAGUUCACAACCGAACUUUUCGCCAAGAUGUGUCAAAAAUAUGGAAUCAAGCACGUGAGAACUCCAGCUUGUCAUCCUCAGUGCAAUGGUCAAGCAGAGCGUUUCGUCGACACACUCGAACGAGCUAUCCUCAAGAUGGGGAAAGCGUUGCUGACUUUCCUCGAAACCUACAGGUACACUCUGAACGCAUUUCUUCCACAGAACAAAUCUCCUACUGAAGCUCUCCUGGGUCGGAAAAUUUGCAUCAAAUUCGAUUUGAUGAAGCGUUCCAGACCUCAACCAACUUUGGUGAACGAGAAUCAAAACAAGCAGAACAACCAGAAGCACGGUUCCAAGCAACGGUUGUUCCAGCCGAACGAUAAAGUGUUUGCUUUGAUUCACAUCCGAAAUCAGCAACACUGGGCCUAA